GGAGAAGACAAGACACUAGUGUCUGGUCAGAAAUUCUUCAGUUUCCACUUAUCGAUUUCUGGAUGCUUUCUCUCUGAUUGAAAGGCCAAGGUGCUUUUAUUAUUGGUGGUUUUCAAGAUGGGGAACAAAGCUACAACAACGGUGAAAGAAGAACGCGAAGAGAUCCACUUGAAGGUUGUACCUUCGCUGGACAGGACUUUUGUGCGUUGGCUUGCAAGGGAUCUACAGAGAGUUCAAGGAUUCAAACCGAAGAACAUUCGUGCUAUCACUCCUCCUGAUAGCUACAUCGAGUUCAUGAGGUUGAAUGGAUCGCUUGAUGUGGAUUUGGAUGACCCUGAUCUCGCCCAUUUGUUCAAGUAAAACAAAAGAGGUUCUUUCUUUUGGUGGCUGUGUUUGUUUAAUAUAGUCUCGAGCCUUUUUUCUUUAAGUCUUAGUGUCUCUUUUUGAUUACUCAUACUUGAGCUUGUGUUUUAAAUGGGAUAUAAAUGUCUGCAUUUAGAUAAACAAAUGUUUCUUAUUAAAUUGUCCUGGUUGUUCAAAAUCCACUCAACAUGUUCUUUUUUUUUUUUUA